AUGGAAGGUGAGGAGAUACGAGAGCCAGUUCGUGGCAGUCAGUCUAUUCAAACGCUUUACGCGCAAAUGAUAAUAGAUUUUUAUUGUACCCCAUGGAGGUACAACGUACUUGCUAGUACUGCCAACUGGGUGUUGCUGGCUGGCUAUCUUGUGAUCCCUGGUACAUUCACGUCACUUCAAAAGUCAAAGUCGCUGGAACAUAAACUGGACGCAAACGACACAGGAAAGACAAUCCUUGACACAAUUCAGAACCCUCCAAUUCUUGGCAUUGCAUGUUCUUUCCUUAUUCUAGGAGCUGUGGGGAUGGGUGCUCUUGGGUGGGACCGAAGGCAUAACUAUGUUUGGCUUAUCGAUAGAAUGUUUAUUCCUACAUUUUUCAAUUCGGUUGCAGGUCUGAUUACAACGAUAAUCAAUAUCUAUACUGCUCGCAAUGGAGAUUGGCCCAUUAUGGCGGUCCUAACAGCAAGUAUCACUGCAGUUAUGGCAUUGACUUCAUUUGUCCUUAUUAUGGUGUACCAAUUUGGCAAGUUGGAAAGAAUAAAGGAAGAGCAUGUUCGGGAGAUUGAUGCCGCGUUUCGAAUGCUACGGUUUAUCAUCAUGGAGAACACAACUUUUUUUAACGCCGAUUUACAAGACUCCCCCGAAUCCUUCUUUCUAGGUUUUGCGAAAGUCCAGAUCCGGAGCUUUGAGUUUGGAAUAAACGACGAGCAGAAUGUGCUAAACUACCUUCGAUUCUUCGAGUGCCAUGGCUGCUCGCGGUCGGACCCCGAACAUCACGUAUCUGCGGUGGCAAACCAAGAUAUCUUCACGAAUGCAAUUGAAUCGCAAAAUCUCUCAGCGAUUGAUUUCUACGAUGUGAAAAAUCCGCCCUUUCUACGGCUUGGGUUAGGCAACAAGCUAAGGUGUAUCCGGGGACACGAUCUACUAGAGGCAGGUCACCGGUAUCUUCCACCCGGCGAGCGUUGGUGGUAUACAAAACUCUAUCGUGAUGGUCAGUCAUGGUUGGAGCCGUUUAAAAAGAAGAAGUCUUCUCUAAUAGUCACUUUAGACAUCCCAAAACAUUUAGAGGACCAUAUCCGACAGAAUUACUCUAUAAGUGAGCCGGCAUCUGAUGAAGUUAUAUUCCGGUCAAUCCUUCUAAGAGACGACUCUCUGGAAAAAUCGGAGUCGAAAUUCGGAUCUAGUGCCGAUUACCACUAUGUUAAGCAGGUUAAUCGAAACCGCGCGCUACGCUCAGCACUUAAAAAGCUAGCCAGAUACCGCGGAUUGUGGGGUACAUUUACCUAUCGGAAGUUGGAAUAUAUUGUUAGUCCUCGAUGUGAUGAGGAAAUUGUUCACUAUCUGUCUCAAAUUUAUGAGAUAUGGUCUCUGCUUUUUCCUGGGGAAAAUGCUUCUUUGGUGGACGUCCCAUCAGUUGAGCUCGUGGAAGGCCGGAUUCCGAAGUACUCACUCGACGAUCGAACUGCGAUUGAAGAUGGUAUGCGUAGUGGAUUAUUGUUUCCAAGGUUGGAAGCUAAUAGGGAUGGUGUUCUUAAGGGUUUGUUAGCAGUUUCGGGGAGAAUUCUAACUUUGACCCUUCUCUUCCGCGACGCAAUAUGUUUAGGUCCACCAGCUAAGGCGAUGAGAGAAAUCCUACCUAUUCCAAAGGGGGAGACAAUCAAAAAAGUAUUUCUAAGAAACUGGAGAGAUUGGGACGGAAAAUUCGUUAUUCAGCUGUCGGAAACCAAAUUCGAAGAUAUCUCACUGGGUCCACAGUCGGACGACGCCGAGAGCAUGGUGGCAUUAACAACACUAUCUCAGCUCUGGCUUGUGGCUUUAAGAUAUCAUCUGAGCCCUCGAGUGGGAAGAGCAAACAAACCUUAUAGUGUUCAACCUCUUCUAGAAAUCCAGGGAAAGGGGGUUCUAGAACAGACAGCAAAGGCACUCGGGCUGAACUCUGGCCAAUCACCUAUUCGCGACCCAAAUCUUCCAGCAUUCCAACAUGUGACAGCAGUCCUUUCAGGUGCACCUGAUGGAAUCCCUGACGCUAGCUUAUCUGCCUGGCUGUCCAAACGGUUCACGCCUUUAGUAAGGAUGAGGAUGAGGAGAGGAGAAGAGGGUACACGCAGUCCACCAAAUAUCGCCUCGGAUAGAGAGAGUCAGAGGUCAAGCUACAGAUCUGGACGUCCUCUGCAACGGGAGUAUCAACAUGAUCGUCAGUUCCUUUUUUUCAGAUACAUAUUCUACCCCCAGGAGAAUCCUGAGUUAUACCCGACUUCGUUCGCUAUCAUGAGAGACUUUUUCCUGUCCUUUUUCGGACAACCUCAACUUCUAGGACAAUCAAGAGAGGUACUCCGCGGGCCUGAUCUAUCAAUCACUGAAGAAACGUCUACCCUAGUCCCCUCGAGACCUCCCUCGGCGCAGCCUUCUGUGGGGUCAAGGUAUCCCUCCCCGGGACCACCCUCGGCGCAGCCUUCUGUGGGGUCAAGGUAUCCCUCCCCGGAACAAGAAUCAACGGUCUCGCACGACCAACUGUCCUUGAUGCAACCCCUGCAGUCACCAGGAGAGUUUCGUUUAACAUCUAUGGUCUCUCUACCACCACACCCAGAGAUAGAUUCGCAUGAGAGGCAACAAAACCUCUUCGCCCCUGGAUUUGAAGAUCACGACUCUAUGGCACCAACAGGCGAGAAAAACAAAAUCCUCCGUCUCGCUGAUGCCAAGGAUAUACUUUCGGAUUGGUUCCAGGCUAUUCCUAAUAACGGAGCUGUCGUGGUCUUCUUUUUUUUCCAAACCCAUGAAUACAUCAAAUUUUACAAACAAGACGAAGAUGCCAUAAAGAGAUGGCUCGACGAUCUCGUGACUAGGCGUCGUUGCUACUUUCUUACACUUGAUGGUGAUAGAUUGAUGACGGUAGAGAUUGAACAUGCCACUAGUGUUGCUGUUGAUAUUAGUCUGCUCUUUGUCGGCGACAACUCAGCAUUCUUCGUGGGUGAUAAGUCAAAAAAUUUGACUCGCGGCAUAUCUCAAACCCAGCUCGACGAAUAUAUUGCGAACUAUGAUGUUUUGACGGGAAGACCGAGAAAGCGUGCCCGUGAUGAUGAGGAAGACCUUUAG